GAGUCCAAUUGAAACACUCCUAUGAAUAUUUCUCCUGGCCAAGAAUGUCCUGGAGACUUGCUUGACAGUGCAGGGAAGGCUCUCUGGAUUCCAAAUUUGGUCAUUUUCCACCCGUGUAACCAAAACAUUGCGAUGAGGUAUCUUUAAACAGCACUGAAUCAACGCAGCCAAGAACCACAUUAAAAACACCCGUGGGACCUCGGCUUAUUUAUCAUAAGGGAAACAGGAACACAAGUGCCCUUUUCUUCUGCGCACAAUGGCUAAAGGAAGCGCUUUCAUGAGGAGAUUGUGCAUCGUUCUCAACAUUCUACUCGGGUUCUUGGGGGUGGUCUUGCUUCUGGUUGGAAUCGUGGCAAGCACUUUUAAGAUCGAGCCAGUUAUAAGUGGUUACUACUGGCAGGAUGGGACUCAGAGUGUGCUCUUCAGCAUUGGAUUUGGAUUGGUCACUAUCCUGCUCUCCAUCCUCGGAGUGUAUGGAGCGUACUACGAGCAUGUCUUAGCUCUUCUUUUGUACAGCAUAUUCAUGACUAUUAAAUUCAUCGUCCUCUUGGCCCUGACAAUCAUAGCCAUUCUCAAACAGCCACAGGUAGAGAAGAAAAUUGAAGACAGUUUUAGAAACAUGACUUCACUAUAUAACACAGACGAGGUCUUCCAUAAUGAGCUCGACAAACUACAACGGCAGGCUGAGUGCUGUGGUCUGUUACAUUACAGCGAUUGGAAAGAUCAGACACCCGCUUCAUGUGACUGUCCUCAAAACUACACGGACAAAGAAGAUAAAUGUGUUGCCAGUCCACCAAUUUAUCAAAGCAUUAAGGAAAAGAAGGACCCUGGCACUAACCCCAAGACAAAUCAGAAACCGAUGCGCUAUGUUUAUAAGGCGAAUUGCAGCCCGGUCUUAAUGAAACAUGUGAAGAACACCUUGAGGAUCCUCUUCGGAAUAGUCUUUACCUUAGCAACUAUCAUGCUGGCUGCUGUGAUUGUGGCCUUGUUCCUGUGGCAUAAAAUCAACAUGCGGUCGUCAGUCGCGGGCAUCUCACACGACGAUGACCGAACCAAGUAUGAGCUCCAGCCACACAAAAUGGCCUGAUAUGAUUGUCAUCCCUAAAGUGAUCCUCAUCAGGAGAAAGCUGUAUAACCUCAAGAAAAUGUCUUUUUUAUAUGUCUGUAUAUGUUUCCAGUAACAUAUCAGUUCCAGUUAUCCACAGGUCAAAUCAAGCCUCGUGCUCUAUUCACUAGCUAGUAAUAGAUGCCUCAUAUUUAUGGGUUUUAAUUCAGGACAGUUGUUUUGUGUAUUUAUUUUACCAAAUAUGUACUUCAUGUCUUCUCUAAGGAGAUGGUUCAAUAAGAAAGAAAGAAAAAAAGAAAAAAAGGAAGGAAAAAAAAAAAGAACGAAAGACAAUGGGGAUAAAAUAUAAAAGUGUAACUAUUUAGGAAGCACCAAACAAAAAAUGUCAGUCGUUUAUAAUUGUUCCGCUUUAAAUCCAGUUUUCAACAAGUCAGCAUAUACACCGAUCAGUUAUAACAUUAUGACCACUGAACCGAACAACACUGAUCAUUAACUAUACACCAGGAAACUGAUGAUAGGAUCAUCAUCAGGCUUACAACCAAAAAAAUGAAAAGCCAAUGCAACACAAAUCGCUGAAAAAAAAAAAUCAAGACUGGCUGCGCAUAAGGACCAGCAGGUAAAGACAAAAACAAAAUUUAAAUUAAACUUUUAAUAAUUGCCUGUAAAUAGCCAUAAGGGGUGCUGGAAAAGCACUGAAUUUAAGCUCGGCCGCAAUCACUUAAUUUCUGCUUAAUCAGAAGAUCAGGUCGAUCUGGUCCAAGCUCUUUAACUUUUUUUCUUUCUUCGUCCGAUCGCCUUGCGAAGGGGUAUUUUAGCCAAGAAAUGACAGAAUUUCCUCUCAUAUUUAUCUGGCUUCCACAUCAAUCACUAUUCAAUACAUUAACGAACAAUUUACUAACCAUUUAUAAGACUCGUUGAGAAUGGUCCAAUCACAUGAGCACAAAUGUUAAUAAAAACAAUAUUGAUUCGCUAAGAACAAAAGUAGGAGGGUUCAGGACGCACAGAGCUGCACCCCAAGGAUGAUUUAUAAAAAUUCAAUUAGACCUCAGGCUCAAAUCACAUGCUUUUCAAAAAAUGUACGUGCCUACAUAGACACUUGUUUCUAAAGCGCCUCAGUACACACAUUUAAAUAAGUAAUACAGUUUAGAUUACGGAAAUACAGUUUAGAUUUUUUUAUUUUAAUUGUAAAUUAAUUAAAUUAAGUAAAACAGCAGAAUAUUGUAACUAAAUUACUUUAUUUCAUUAUUUAAGUAAAUAAUUAUUAUGGUAAAUAAUUACAUGUUAAAGUAGCAUUCUUCUCUGCCUAACUUUAAGGGGGCGGCGCCCCGGCGCCCCUUAUUGACCGAACGCCACUGGUCAUACCGUAAGAAUAACAUGACCUUUUUAAUGAUAAUAUAACGGCCUCAAGUGGUUCACACAACUUACAAUAAUAGACCAUUUAUAGACUGAUUACAACAUGAAAAAAAGACAAAAAACCCCCGAGACACAUUAACUAUGUUUAUACUGAAAUAUUUGUGAAACGUCAGUGAUGCUGGUCCUAAUUCUGGGUCGCUGUGAGAAGUUAAAGGUUGUUUGACUGUUGAGGUCAUCACUCGCUCGAACCUCAAAUACAAACGCAAUAUGUGUGUGUGUGUGUGUGUGUGUAGAGGAUAGAGGAUUAUCUUUAAAAUAUAGCUCAUUUUUAAAAAGACAAAAAAACUAAUUUUUAGACAACAGGGAAAAAAAUCCUGGCAAACAAAAGGUAAAUAAAUGUAAGUUUUUUGGGUUUUUUUUGGCUUAAAGGUUUUGCUAAAUAUUCUACCGACACUAGGAAAAUAUUCUUUUAAUCUUCUUAUUGAUACCUAAAUAAUAUAAUAAAAAAGAGGCAUAUAGUAUAUAAAUUAUUUAUUUAUAUUUGUCCAUCAGCGUUCGCAGUGUGAUGUGAGAUGUUAAAAAGUGUAAAGAAACUACUUCGAGGCACAAGAAAACCUGUGUCACAGUGCUUAGAAGUUUAUCACAGUUUGUAAAUGAUCGUUAAUAAAUCAUGGAAAAUGUGCUCAUUAUCUAGUAAGUACCAUGUACGAAGGUCUCUGUUGAAACAGAUUAAUUUAUUUGACAAUUUAAGAUACUUUGACCAAAUAUGGAAACAGUUCAGAUGGAAGGAAUGUCAUCUGUGGGAUCAGCUGGACGGGGAAAAUAAAAUUAGUUAUUAAAACUGUUUUGUUUAAACAGGACAGAUACUGUAAGAGUGUGUAUGUCCCAUAUACGGAGAGUUUUAAAUGUAUUUUGCUUGGCACUAUUGAUUUCCUGACACUGUUUAAGAGACACAUUAGCUAUCAUUAAGAGAAAUAAAUAACAACUGCUGUCAUUCUUGUAGUUACAUUAUGGGGAAAAUGUUAAUAAUCUGUAUGCACACAUGGUUAUAAAUACUUUUAUAAAGA